AAAGAAAUGCAAAUACAUAUGCCAAAGUCUCCAGGGCCAUGAUGGAAAGAGGCUACUCCAGGGACACAGAGCAGUGUCGUACAAAAAUCAAGGAGCUCAGGCAAGCGUACCAAAAAGCCAAGGAGGUGAAAGGGCACUCUGGGUCACAGUCCCAUACAUACCGCUUCUACUGUGAGCUGCAUGCAAUUAUGGAGUGUGAUGCCACCACUACCCCAACAAUGUCCGUGGAUACCUGCAAGGGGGGAGUUGCACAGAGCAAGGAGGAUGAGUUAUUGGAGGAUGAAGUGGAGGAGGAGGAGGAGGACAGUGCACAGGUGACAAGUGGGGAAUCCGUUUUCUCCUCUAGCCAGGAACUAUUAUUAACGCUAGAGCCAACAGCCUCCCCCCACUCCCAAGGCGGGCUCCCGGACCAUGACCCUGGAGAAGGCACUUCUGGUGCAAAUGUUUCAACGUGGCCCCUAUCUACUCCGUCCCAGAGGCUGGUCCAGAUUAGAAGGUGGAAAAAACGAACUAGGGACGACAUGUUUGCCAACCUCAUACAGUCUUCCUGCACUGAUAGGGCCCAGCUGAAUGUGCGGAGGCAAACAAUUGCGGAGUCCCAUAAAGCGUUAAAUGAACACGAAGAGAGGAGGGACACACACGAUGAGAGCAGGCAGGAUGCCUGCUCAAGCUCAUGGGGGAGCAAACCGACAUGCUCCACUGUAUGGUGGAUCUAAUGUGGGAAAGGCAGCAAGACCACAGCCUGCCGCUGAAGCCCCAGUAUAACCGCCCUCCCUCUUCCCCAAGUUCCAUAGCCUCCUCACCCAGAUGCCCAAGAACACGGGCGGGGAGGCUACGGGGACCCACACACUCAACCACAGAGGAUUUCACAAGCACCAGAAGGCUGGCAUGUCCAAAAUUUUGAUUUGGUUUCUGGACUUGUCCUUCCCUCCUCCUCCACCCUCCUAACCCAACACCCCUCCCUCCCUGGUCUACCUUCUGAUUUCUCUCUAUGUG